GUAUAUGUAGCUGGUUUUGGUUCAGGCAUUGCAUGUUUUCUGGUCAGUACACCAACAGAAUUGGUUAAAUGUAGAGCUCAGGCUGUUAAGCAAAAAAGUCUGUUUAUGUCAUCAACCACAUGGAAUGUGUUUAAAGAUAUAAUUCAAACGAGAGGAAUCAAAGGACUUUAUCAAGGCGGUCUUAUAACAAUCAUUCGUGAUGCCCCAGGUUAUGGUGUUUAUUUUUGGACUUAUGAAGCACUUAAGCGUUCGUUGAAUGUGACAUCAGACAAUUUUGAUCAUUAUAAUAGUCCAAAGUUACUUUUUUCUGGUGGAAUGGCUGGUGUUCUCUCAUGGGCUAGCAUUUACCCUUUAGAUGUAAUUAAAUCACGCAUACAAACGCAACCUGUUUUAUCUAAAUCUAACAUGAACAAAACAAUGACAUCGUUUGUCUACUAUAAUCGGCCUUUAACCAAAAUUCAUGUAUCUUCUACAUCUUGUUCUGGCAUUAUUGGUUGUGCUAUAUGUUCAUAUCGUAAGGAAGGAAUUUCUGUAUUUUUUAAAGGGAUUACACCUACGCUUGUGAGGGCUUUGCCAGUAAACGCA